UAAGCCGCAACUAUCGGAGCAUCCCUCUCUGCGGUCGAAGAAUCAGAAAAAAUAUUUACUUGCACAUCGCUUCAUGGAAUGUCCGCACACUCUUGGAUAUGGCUGAAACACUUGACAGGCCCCGCUAUAGAACAGCACUUGUGGCCCUUGAGCUUGCGAAGUAUAAUAUUGACAUCGCAGCACUCAGCGAGAAGCUACAUGGAGAGGACUCCCUGACAGAAGUUGGUGCGGGGUACACCUUCUUCUGGAAAGGGAUCCCUGAAGGCACACGCCGCCUCCACGGAGUGGGCUUCGCUGUGAAGACCCAUCUGCUGCAGCGCAUUCCAGAAUCCCCCACCCGCAUCAACAAAAGGCUGAUGACAUGGCGCAUUCCCCUUACAAAGGGCUUUGCCACCCUCAUCAGUGCUUACGCACCAACCCUGGAAGUAGAGAAUAGCAUCAAAGACGACUUUUACAAAGGUCUUGACUCCAUCAUCCAGAAAACCCCGGCUACAGAUAAACUGAUACUCAUGGGAGACUUCAAUGCUAGAGUGGGCACAGAGCAUCUCGUAUGGAGUAAAGUACUUAGCCAGCAUGGAGUGGGAAAAUUGAACAGCAAUGGGCUCCGGCUCCUCUCCCUCUGUGCGGAACAUCGCCUGGUCAUUACCAAUGCCACGUUCCAGAUGAAGAACAGGCUCAAAACCACCUGGCAACACCCCUGCUCUAAACACUGGCACCUUCUGAAUUACAUCAUUAUCCGUCAAAAGGACAGACAGGAUGUUCUUACCACCCAAGUUAUGCGCAGGGCUGAAUGUUGGACUGAUCAUCUUAUGGUCAGAUCCAAACUCCUCAUAGAUAUUCAACCCCGUCGCCCAAAGAGAGCCCCAAACAGAAAACUCAACUGCACAGCACUGAACAACCCCACCACCACAGGCAACCUCCGAUGGCCCUUUGCAAGAAACCUUCAUCAAGUUCCGGAGAAAUCCACUGAUUGGUCAGCUCUGCACACAGCUAUCCACAGUGCAACCUUGGAAGCAAGAAAACGUCACCAGGACUGGUUUGAUAACAACUCUGCCGAAAUACAGUCAUCCUACAAACAAAACAUGAAGCCCACCAAGCUCUCCUGUCCAACCCUGGAUCCUCCACCCUGAAAGCCACUUUUGCUGAGGCAAGAGCUGCGACCCAGCAUGCUCUCCGGAUCAUGGAAGACACCUGGUGGUUUCAGAAGGCACAAGAAGUCAAAAACUUUGCAGACUGCACCAACACCCAGGGCUUCUAUGAUGCCAUCAAAGCCCUAUAUGGCCCCAGAAAGCAAACUAAUGCCCCUGUCCGAUCAGCACAUGGGGACACUCUUCUCAAGGACCGUCAUGAGAUCCUUGGUCGCUGGGCGGAUCACUUUGAGACCCUCCUCAACCACACUAACCCUGUUGAUCUUCAUAUCUUCAAAAAACUUCCAGAUCUCCCACUAAUCCUGCAUCUCGACACUCUGCCACAGUUCUUUGAAACCUGACAAGCCAUUAGGGGCUUGAAGAACAACAAAAGUGCAGGACCUGAUGGCAUCCUGGCAGAGGUCUUCAAACAUGGGGGGCUACCUCCUCACACGCCGCCUACACCUCCUGAUUACAAACAUCUGGAAGUCCGACAGGACUGGAAGGAUGCCAACAUUGUGGUCAUUUAUAAACAGAAGGGGGACAGAGCAGUUUGUGGGAAAGCCAGGGAAUAUCUCUCCUCCCCACUGCAGGGAAAGUGCUGGCAAAAAUCAUGCUCAACAGCCUGGUGGAACAUAUUUCGGAAAGUGCUCUUCCAGAAACACAAUGUGGUUUCUAGAAGUCUAGAUCCACUACCGACAUGAUCUUUGUCUUACGGCAGCUACUUGAGAAGAGCAGAGAGCAGCGCAAAGAUCUGUACAUAGCCUUCAUCGAUCUUAGCAAAGCCUUUGAUACCAUAAACCCUGAGAUUCUCUGGAAACAGCUCUCCAAACUUGGGGUACCACCCAAGUUUCUCUCCAUCCUGCAGCAACUGCAUGAUGGGAUGCAAGCCAGAGUCCUCACGGGAGGACUCCAGUCAGAGUCCUUCAAGGUCGACGUUGGGGUGAAGCAAGGCUGUGUCUUGGCACUGGUCUUGUUCAGUCUCCUCCUCUCAGCCAUCACCCACCUCUUCCAUCAUGCCCUGGGACACAGAGAUGGAGUUCACCUGGAGUACCGCCUUGACGGAAGUCUAUUUAACAUCCGACGGCUCCAGGCUCAUACAAAGACAAAGACCUGCCAAAUCUUUGAGCUUUAGUAUGCAGAUGACUGCGCUGUCUUGGCACAUAGCCCAGAGUCCAUGCAGCAUGCCCUAAACACAAUUUCUGGCCUAUACCAGUCCUUUGGUCUCCAGGUCAACAUUCAAAAAACUGAAGUCAUGGUACAAUUCACUAUUCAACCUCCUUCACCCCCAGCUUACAAAUCAAUGGUGUUCCACUUAAAGUAGUGGGCCAGUUCACCUAUCUUGGCUCCACACUCUCCUCAAACUGCUCCCUUGACACUGAGAUAAACAGCCGCAUCAACAAAGCUUUGUCAGCCUUUGGGCGCCUCAGCAGAAGGGUUUUUGAGAACAAAAACCUGAAGAUCAGCACCAAGGUUGCCACAUACAAUGCGGUAUGUGCCUCCACUCUGCUCUAUGGGGCAGAAACGUGGACCCCAUACAGACGGCACAUCACAAACUUGGAGGCCUUCCACAUCCAAUGCCUUCAAAAGAUCCUCGGCCUGUCUGGGGAAGAUCGAAUCCCCCAUACAGAGAUUCUUUCCAUGACCAACUCCAUCUGCAUGGAAGCAGCAGUGGCAAAAAAACAUCUUCGCUGGAUAGGGCAUACCAUCUGCAUGCCUGACCACCGCCUACCCCACCAAGCCCUUUACACCGCAAAACGGGCCGCUGGCGGACAAAAGAGGCGCUACAAGGACUACACGAAAGACCUCCUGAAGCACUGCAACAUAAACUCCACCCAUCUGGAACCUCUGACACUCGAUAGAUCGGCCUGGCAGGUCACCUGUGCCAGGGUGAGCGAACAAUUACAUUACACCAUCCAACAGAGGAGGACCGAAAGAUGUACCCAAUGAUAUCAGAGGGCUGCCGGCAUUACCCCAACAUCUUGGCUCUCUUGCCAGGUUUGAUUCCUGGUUAGGACACUGCCGUUGUACCCUUGAGCAAGGUACUUAACUUGCAGAACCUUUGUAUAUAUCCAGCCGUUUAAAUAAAUGCCAUGUAAAAGUUUUGUAAGUCGCUCUGGAUAAAAGCAUCUGCUAAAUGCCUGUAAUGUAAUGUAUGCCAAGGCACAUUGAAGCUGUUCUGGCAGCUCAUGGUGGCCCAAAAACUUAAUAAGAUGCUUUAUGUUGGUUUUUCCUUUGAUUUGUCACCCAUCUGUACAGUAUGUCCAGCAGUGGCACCGAGCCAACUGCGCUAAAAUUAUGAAAUUUAUUCAAUGCUGGAAUUUUGGAUUUCUGACUAUUUGAUUUCUGAAAUGGCACAGCAUUCCUCCAUACACUCACUUGUGCUUUAGCUGAUUUCUCGUAUUCAUAACCCACAACUCUACCAAUAUGCCUAUCAGUUUAGUAGCCUACUUCUUUUACUUCUAAAUUGCCUUUUGAGUUAAUUUUGUUAAAAGGACACAAGGUUGUCGAUAUUAUUUUCAAAAAGGUUAAAAUGUGCAUGCUGCUGUUUUCAUUUGGAUAGAUUUGUGAAACAUGGCCCUAUUAUUUUCGCUUUGAAUUUUGUCAACAUUGCUGUGUGCUCUACAUAAAAUGAUCCAACAAGUGAGACGUGCACUAGUCAUAGCAGAGAAAAAAGCUGGGUAAUGUUAGAAGAAAAAAAAGCUAAUUCAGCCUAGGGUACUACUGGGCUGUUGAUAGCCUAAAGAAGUCUAAAUUGUUGGUGAUAAAAGUGGUGCCUUAUUGAAAUCAUGUUAUAAAAUAAUAACAUAUGAUACCUAAUGCCCAGCAUAUACAGUUGAGGCCAAAAGUUUACAUACACCUAAGCUAAGACAUUCAAACUCAAUUUCUCACAACUCCACACAUUUCAAUUAGAAUAUCUAAUUUAUUUCUAUAAGAGGUCAUCUCAAAAUAAUAGCUUAGAGACAGAUGUAUUUCCGCUUGUAUGUACUAUAUCAGAUUUUCAGUGGGUCAAAAGUUUACAUACACUUUGUUAGUAUUUGGUGGCAUUGCCUUUUAAUUGCUGAACUUGAACCAAACGCUUGGGGUAGCCUUCCACAAGCUUCUCACAAUACUUUGCCGGAAUUUUUGCCCAUUCCUCUUGACAGAACAGAUGUAACUCAGUCAGGUUUGUGGGCCUCUUUGCUUGGACAUGCUUUUUCAGUUCAGUCCACAAAUUUCCUAUGGGAUUCAGGUCAGGGCUUUGUGAUGGCCACUCCAAUACUUUCACUUUGUUGUCUUUAAGCCAUUUUGUUACAACUUUGGAGGUGUGCUUAGGAUAACUGUCCUGCUGGAAGACCCAGCUGCGACCACGUUUUAACUUUCUAGCUGAUGUCUUGAGGUGUUGGUUCAGUAUUUCUAGAUAAUCCUCCUUCCUCAUGAUGCCAUCUAUUUUCUGAAGUUCACUAGUCCCGGAAAACACCUCCACAAUAUGAUGCUGCCACCCUCAUGCUUCACAGUUGGGAUGUUGUUCUUCGGAUUAAAAGCCUCACCCUUCUUCCUCCAUACAUAGCGCUGAUCAUUAUGGCCAAACAGGUAAAUUUUGGUUUCAUCUGACCAGAGAACACUCCUCCAAAUGGCUAGGUCUUCGUCCUGGUGAUCACCUGCAAACUUAAUUCUGGCUUUUUUAUGCCGGUCUUGGAGUAGGGGCUUCUUCCUUGCUCAACAGCCUUUCAGGCCAUGGUAUCAAGGGCAAAAGGGCAGUGGCUCUAAAGGUAGGCCCUUAAAUACAGCCACAGGUGUAAUUAGCUCCCAAUUAACUCAUAAUUAUGGCAACUGGCCAAUCAGAAGCCUUUAAAAAGUCAUUACAUCAAUUUCUGGAAUCUUCCAGACUGUUGAAAGAGACCUGUUCAAAGUAGAGGCCCUAAUUGACUUGCUAAAAGAAAUGUAUGGUAUUAUGAAAUGUGCAGUUGUGAAAAACUGAGUUUGAAUAUUUUUAGCCUAGGUGUAUGUAAACUUCUGCCCUCAACUGUAGAUCAGGACCCCUUCUGUCAUAAACAAGUGUCAAAAGUUUGAGAACUUUUAAUUUUGGAAAUAUAUUCCAAACCAAAAUGUUACUUUUUUAUAAUAGCUUGUAUUGAAUUGCAUAGAAGGUUUGAAGUGGGACUACUCACAAACGUUACUGUAAAAUUCCACAGAAAUGGGGUAGGAUGUAGACCAGGACCCCUCCUGCCAGGAACAAGUGUCAGAAGUUUGAGACCUUUUAAUUAUCAGAAGAUAUUCCAAUUCAAAAUUUCACUUUUCUCAAUUGGCUUCCAUUGGAUUACACAGAAGGUUUUAAGUGGAAUUUUUCAAAAUUGCUACAGUAAAAUUUCACAGAAAUGGGGUAGGGUGUAGACCACCAUCUGUUAUGAACAAGUGUCAAAACUUCGAGAACUUUAAAAUUUCAGGAGAUAUUCUAAUCCAAAUUUUCACUUUUCUCAAUUGCGUUGCA